AGAGAACUACUGACUGCUGCUGGAUGAGCUUGUGAGCUGAGGAGGUGAAAAUGAAGCGCUCCCUGUGCAUCUGUGUGGUGCUGUGCUGCACUCUGAUUGGACUCGGAUCGGCCAUUCGGUGUUUCAGCUGUAAGGAUUACACAGGAAGCUGCUCCAAACAACGAGAAUGUAGCUAUGACGACGCCUGUCUGACCCUCACUGAGAGAGGUGGGAUGACGUACCGUCAGUGUCUCAAAUAUUCAGACUGUGAGUACGGCCGCCUGGGCCAGAUGUUCCCACAGGUUUCCAGUUUUACCUUCAAGUGCUGCAACUCUGACCUGUGUAACUCCGCCCCCUCGUCUGCAGCGAGCUCUGUGAUUGGUCUGCUGGCCUCGGUGGCGGUCAUGUGGUGGUGCAUCCACUGAAGAACGUCGUACUAACGCUGCAGAAACAUGUUAAAUAUAACAGAGUCUAACUGUCUCCUCACAUGAAUAUUAAAGAUCAAAGCUUCCUCGCUCGGUCAUGUGAUCAAUAUUUAAAUGAAGCUGAUUAUUGAUCCAACACUUAAGGUCACAUUUCAUUCAUUCAUCCUUAAUAUGUGUACAGGAAAACACUACAGGUCCCAUAAUGCUUUGCGGUGUCUGAGAGUCGCAGCUGCUGAAAUCUGAAACAUGUUAUUCUGCUUUUAUGUUUCAAUGUUACACAAACACUAAGUUAUUGAUCACUGAUUGGUUUCACUGUUCCUGUUCACAUGAAGAUUUCCUGAAGCUGCUUCGCUCUCUAACCGUUUGAAAUGUUUGUCAAAUUAAAUCAUUAAA